GGCCACGGACGUGGUCCUCCGGGCUCGGUCCCCAGCCCCGGUCGGCUCUCACCGCAGCUGUUCUUCGUCCCAGGGUCCCGCGGCCGAAGGCAGGAUGCUCUGGAAUCUCGUCUUGCUCGCCCUCUGGGCCGCGACCGGUGUGCGAGCCGGCGGCCAGGACGAGGACACUGCCUUCAACCUUUUCGGCAUCAGCAACAUAAACCGGAAGACCAUCGGGGCCAAGCAGUUCCGGGGCCCCGACCCCAGCGUGCCGGCGUACCGCUUCGUCCGCUUCGACUACAUCCCGCCGGUGAGCGCAGAUUACCUCAGCAAGAUCGCCAAGAUGGUGCGGCAGAAAGAGGGCUUCUUCCUCACGGCCAGCCUGAAGCAGGACCCCAAGUCCCGGGGCACGCUCCUGGCUCUGGAGGGCCCCGGCGCCUCCCAGAGGCAAUUCGAGAUCGUGUCCAACGGCCCGGCCGACACGCUGGACCUCACCUACUGGGUAGACGGCGCUCAGCACGUCAUCUCCCUGGAGGACGUGGGCCUGGCCGACUCCCAGUGGAAGAAUGUCACCGUGCAGGUGACAGAGGGGACCUACAGCUUGUACGUGGGCUGCGACCUCAUCGACAGCUUCACGCUGGACGAGCCUUUCUACGAACAGCUGCGGACAGAGAAGAGCAGGAUGUAUGUGGCCAAGGGCUCGACCCGAGACAGUCACUUCAGGGGGUUGCUGCAGAAUGUCUACUUAGUGCUUGAAAACUCAGUGGAGGAUGUUCUAGGCAAGAAAGGUUGUCAGCAAAGUCAAGGAGCUGAGGCCAACGCCAUCAGCGAGAACACGGACACGCUGCACCUGAGCCCUCAGGUGGUCACGGAGUACGCGGGCCCGGGCGCGCACAGGAGGCCGGAGGUGUGCGAGCGCUCGUGCGAGGAGCUGGGCACCAUGAUCACCGAGCUCUCGGGGCUGCACGUCAUCGUGAACCAGCUGCACGAGAACCUGCGGAAAGUGUCCAGCGACAACCAGGUCCUCUGGGAGCUGAUCGGCGGCCCGCCCAGGACCAGGAACGUGUCCGCCUGCUGGCAGGACGGCCGGUUCUUCGCGGAGAACGAGACCUGGGUGGUGGACAGCUGCACCAAGUGCACCUGCAAGAAAUUUAAAACCGUUUGCCACCAAAUCACCUGCCCUCCGGCGACCUGUGCCAACCCGUCCUUUGUGGAAGGAGAAUGCUGCCCUUCCUGCUUCCACACGCUGGACGGCGAGGAGGGCUGGUCGCCGUGGGCUGAGUGGACCCAGUGCUCCGCCACCUGCGGGUCGGGCACCCAGCAGAGAGGGCGGUCGUGCGACGUCACCAGCAACACCUGCCUGGGGCCGUCCAUCCAGACGCGGGCGUGCAGCCUGGGCAAGUGCGACCACCGCAUCCGGCAGGAUGGGGGCUGGAGCCACUGGUCGCCGUGGUCUUCCUGCUCCGUGACCUGCGGCGUGGGCAACAUCACGCGCAUCCGGCUCUGCAACUCGCCCGUCCCGCAGAUGGGGGGCAAGAACUGCAAGGGGAGCGGCCGGGAAACCAGAGGCUGUCAGGGCGUCCCGUGUCCGGUGGACGGCCGGUGGAGUCCCUGGUCCCCGUGGUCAGCCUGCACGGUCACCUGUGCCGGAGGGAUCCGGGAGCGGACGCGCGUCUGCAACAGCCCCGAGCCCCGGCACGGGGGCAAGGACUGCGUGGGGGACGUCCAGGAGCGCCAGAUGUGCAACAAACGCAGCUGCCCCGUAGACGGCUGCUUGUCCAACCCGUGCUUCCCCGGAGCCGAGUGCAGCAGCUUCCCGGACGGGUCCUGGUCCUGCGGCGCCUGCCCCGUGGGCUUCCUGGGCAACGGCACGCACUGCGAGGACCUGGACGAGUGCGCCGUGGUCACCGACGUCUGCUUCACGGCGGGCAGAGCCCACCGCUGCGUCAACACCAACCCCGGCUUCCACUGCCUGCCGUGCCCCCCUCGCUACAAAGGGACCCAGCCCUUCGGCGUCGGCCUGGACGCGGCCAGGACAGACAAGCAGCUGUGUGAGCCUGAGAACCCGUGCAAGGACAAGACCCACAGCUGCCACAAGCACGCGGAGUGCGUCUACCUGGGCCAUUUCAGCGACCCCAUGUACAAGUGUGAGUGCCACACGGGCUACGCGGGCGACGGGCUCAUCUGCGGGGAGGACUCUGACCUGGACGGCUGGCCCAACAAGAACCUGGUCUGUGCCACCAACGCCACCUACCACUGUGUCAAGGACAACUGCCCCCUGCUGCCGAAUUCUGGGCAAGAAGACUUUGACAAGGACGGCACAGGUGACGCCUGUGACGACGAUGACGACAACGACGGCGUGGACGAUGAGAAGGACAACUGCCAGCUUCUCUUCAACCCCCGCCAGUUUGACUAUGACAAGGACGAGGUUGGGGACCGCUGCGACAACUGCCCGUACGUGCACAACCCCGCGCAGAUCGACACGGACAACAACGGCGAGGGUGACGCGUGCUCUGUGGACAUUGACGGAGACGACGUCUUCAACGAGCGGGACAACUGUCCCUACGUGUAUAACACGGACCAGAGAGACACGGACGGGGAUGGUGUGGGCGACCACUGCGACAACUGCCCCCUGGUGCACAACCCUGACCAGACCGACAUGGACAACGACCUUGUGGGAGACCAGUGUGACAACAACGAUGACAUCGACGACGACGGCCACCAGAACAGCCAGGACAACUGCCCCUACAUCCCCAACUCCAACCAGGCGGACCACGACCACGAUGGCCAGGGCGAUGCCUGUGACUCGGACGAUGACAACGACGGGGUCCCAGACGACAGGGACAACUGCCGGCUAGUUUCCAACCCAGGCCAGGAGGACUCAGACGGUGACGGGCGCGGGGACGCUUGCAAAGACGACUUUGACAACGACAGCAUCCCAGACAUCGAUGAUGUGUGUCCGGAAAACAGCGCCAUCAGUGAGACCGACUUCAGGAACUUCCAGAUGGUCCACCUGGACCCCAAGGGCACCACUCAGAUUGACCCCAACUGGGUCAUUCGCCAUCAGGGCAAGGAGCUGGUGCAGACUGCCAACUCGGACCCCGGCAUCGCUGUCGGUUUUGAUGAGUUUGGGUCCGUGGACUUCAGUGGCACGUUCUACGUCAACACCGACCGGGACGAUGACUAUGCCGGCUUCGUCUUUGGCUACCAGUCCAGCAGCCGUUUCUACGUGGUCAUGUGGAAGCAGGUCACGCAGACCUACUGGGAAGACCAGCCCACGCGGGCGUACGGCUACUCGGGCGUGUCCCUCAAGGUGGUGAACUCCACCACGGGCACCGGCGAGCACCUGAGGAAUGCGCUGUGGCACACCGGGAACACGGACGGCCAGGUGCGCACGUUAUGGCACGACCCCAAAAAUGUUGGCUGGAAGGACUACACUGCUUACCGAUGGCACCUGACCCACAGGCCUAAGACGGGCUACAUAAGAGUCCUAGUGCAUGAAGGGAAGCAGGUCAUGGCGGACUCGGGACCAAUCUAUGACCAAACGUACGCCGGCGGGCGGCUGGGUCUGUUCGUCUUCUCCCAAGAAAUGGUCUAUUUCUCGGACCUCAAAUACGAAUGCCGAGAUGUCUAAACUAGACAGGCUGCACCUCCAGAAAUGUACUGUAGACGCUGUUGCCUAGACCCUAGUCUGUGCUCGUGCUUCCGGCUUCGCUCUCUUUAGUGGCAGCUCCUGUCCUUGACCCUGACUUUGAGGGUCCUUCGCCAACAUCACCCCGUGCCCAAACGCCUUCAGAGAAGACUGUGAGUGGGCCCCACAGGUGAACGUCCAGCCCAGAAGACAGCUUGAUGAUGUAGGAGACUCUGCAGUGAAAAUCGAGCAUGGAAUUACAUCGAUUCUUGUUUGUUUAAAAAGAAUGACGUUUACAUAUAAAAUGUAAUUACUUAUUGUAUUUAUGUGUAUAUGGAGUUGAAGGGAAUAGUGUGCGCAAGCCAUUAUCAUAAAUUAAGCGGAAAAAAUAUUGCUACACGACAUUGAGUGCUUCAGCCAUUUCCACUCUUGGGUCCGAGCUGCUACACAACAGCCGGUCCCGCGGGCUCACGGAGUCUGGAGCCGAGGGGUCAGGAGCCCUCGCACAACGUGGGGGCCGGCUCUCUAACUGGAACAGGAAGGGUGAUUGGGAGGACAGACGAAGCCCCUUCCCCCGCCAUCCCGCCCUAUGGCGGAGUCAGGUCCUGAUGGUCUCCGUUAGUGAAGUUAGCAGAGUGGAGGGGCGCCCCCCACGGCGGGCUGGAGGGAACUCUGGCCGCGCGACCCUGGGUUCUGCUUUCCGACGCCAGGCUCUCUGCGCGAGCUUUCCCCAGUCCCUGCCCCUGAAGCACGCGUCAGCAAAUGCACUUUAGCAUCUAAUUCCUCCACUGGGCUUUGCAGCAACGCAGAAGUUACUUACCUAGUCUGGCAACACCUUUCAUUAAGGUUCCAGUUAUACGUGUUUUGUGAAUAUUUAUUAAAUGACUUCAGAAUGCAGCUUCAUUGACCAGUAACUUAUUCUGAGCAUGUCAGAUAACAUGUAUAGCAUGGUUUCUAGGGAUAAACAUUAACGCAUAUAACACAAAGGUCCAGUUACAACGAAACACCUUCCUGUCAAGAUACAACCUUUACAAUGUGCUGUUGUCACAAAAAAGCCUCAAAUGUAAGGGAGUCCAUAAAUGAAGACGAAGACUCGAUAAAGGAACCUUAAUUCAGACUGUUGCCACGGCGCUGAUCCGGCGUGUGUCCCUGUCCUCUGUCUGCUGUACGUAGGGUUUAAAACUUCAAAUGCUGAAGAAAAAUCAGCAACAAGCCUUACCAGACACACCCAUUAAUCAGUCAUACCAUGAUACACACAAUUUUUUUGUAUUGUUUUUUGCUUUCAACUGCAUGUUCUUUCUUCAGGAAAUAUUAAUCUCCCUCCACAUAAGGGGUUUGAUAAGAGAAGUUUGUCUUCUCUGUCUGAGGCGGGCAAAUCUCUCUCCCCUUUCUGUUGAUAGUGAUCUCGUUUCUGUGUGAAAUACAGAGGAUCCAUAACUUUUGUCCUAACUUGCACAUUUCAUUCGAUAAAGUUGUAUUUGUUGCUUCCUUUGAGGUUGACUUUUUGUUUUGCUGCACUUUCGACUUAUUCUGUGGAGCUGUGUCCCCAGACAGCGGGGGUUUGGGAACUGCACUAACUGUAACGGCCGCGGAGAGCGUGCGGGUGCCUGGGCUGCUGCCGCUCGGACCGACAUCGCAGUGCUGCGCGAUGGUGAUGUGAAUAUUCAGAAUGUACCAUAUUUUUGGUAAAUUAUUUAUGUGUUUUUUUUUGGAACAAACUUCCGGAUUGAUGAAACUACAUUUGUUUUGCCAAAGACUGUAAAUAUUUAUUUAUUUGUUCACAUGGUCAAAUUUGCACCACUGAAACCCUGCAUUUCCUUAGCUAGAGCCUCAUUUUUAUACUUUAAAGAUUAAUAACA